AUGCAGCCGCAGGCAGGAGCGGGCAGCCCGAGCCUGCCUGGCCCCCCAGCGCUUUGUCUCGGCGGAGCCCCCGCCGCCCCGCUCGCAGGCAGAGCGGUGCAGCUGGCCCACGCGGAGGUGGGGGGCCGCGGGGACCGGCCGCCCCUGGUGCUGCUCCACGGGCUCUUCGGCAACCACAGCAACUUCCAGGCGGUGGCCAGGGCGCUGGUGCGCCGCGGCAGCGGCAAGGUGCUGGCGCUGGACGCCCGGAAUCACGGCGGCAGCCCACACAGCCCGCUGAUGACCUACGAAGCGAUGAGCCUGGACGUGCAGCACCUCCUGACCCGCCUGGGCAUCACCAAGUGCAUCCUCCUGGGACACAGCAUGGGGGGCAAGACGGCCAUGACGCUGGCCUUGCAGCGGCCAGACCUGGUGGAGCGCCUCAUCUCUGUAGACAUCAGUCCCAUCUCAGCUGCACCAGUCUCCGAAUUCUCUGCCUACAUCUCUGCCAUGAAGUCACUGAAGAUCCCGGAUGGUCUGCCCCGCUCUGUGGCCCGCCAGCUGGCUGAUGAUCAGCUGCGUCCAGUGGUCCAGCUCCCGCAGCUGAGACAGUUCCUCCUCACCAACCUGGUGGAGGUGGAGGGCCGCUACAUCUGGAGGGUGAACCUGGAGGCUAUUUCCCACCACUUGGCAGAUAUUACGAACUUCCCCACCUUCCACAAGCCGUAUCCUGGCCCUGCACUCUUCUUGGGAGGAUCCAACUCUCCCUACAUCAGCUCCAAACACUACCCGGAGAUCCAGCGCCUCUUCCCCAAGGCGGAGGUCCAGUACAUCGAAGGUGCAGGCCACAUAGUCCAUCAGGAUAAAUUUGAAGAAUUCAUCACUGCUGUCUUCAAUUUCCUGCCACCACCAUAGCGCUGGGGACUAGGGUUUCUGCAAGCACCGUGUGGGACCUGAGGAGCCCCGGGCAGUGAUGUGGGGCUCUGUGAGAAGGGGCUUGGCCUGGACCGGCUGCCCACUUUGCAGUCUGAUCCUGCCUGCAAAGCCUUCUCUCACCCUGGGUUGCCUGGAGCCGGAGCAGAGUGGCACCUCCAUCCCACUGAGCUCUCCUGCCACCUCACAGGGAUGUGGGGUGGCAGUGGCCCAGGA